UUCGAUUUUCAAAAUGGCGUGCCAAGUGUGAGAGGCAAGGCAUGAACUCGCCGUCGUCCGUCGUCGUCGUGACAUACUCUGUUGUUGAUCGUUGACUCGCGAGCACGUGUACGGUGCCGCUCGCGUGAAGCUGUCCUCGUGAAGGAGUAGUUAUGCCAUCGCUCGCGCGUAUGACGUAGGACGUAGGGAAAAUCACUUCUUCCACACAUUUUUCUUCUUUCCUCUUUCUUUUUUCUCGUUUUCGCUUCUUGAUGGAAAUCCCGAUGGAAAUCUCGAUGGAAAUCUUCCUAACGGCGUUCUCCGUGGUAUUCAGUUUAUUAAUAGUGUUCCUCCUUGUUGUGAUAGGUUGGUACUUAGUUUGGACGUUCUUCCUAUCACGGUUCCGCUUUGUGAGAGAGUUAACGGGGAAUGGAAUGAGUGAAUCGUCGUCAGUUAACGAUUUGAGGAAUGGUCGCGCACGCAUGAAGAAACUUCGUCGUGACUAAAUAUCGGACAAUAUAUUGGAGCAAUCAUUUAUAAUAUUGAUAAUACCAACACAACGGUUUUGUAUAAAGUAAAAUU